AUGACCACUAGUGCUAUGAUUACUAUGGAUUCAAGAAUAAGAAAACCAAUUAUAUCCAGUACCUCAGCAAAAGCUGCUGCAAGAAACGCAAUGUUGAAAUCUUCAAAGAAUAAUAAUAAUAAUAAUAAUCAUCAGCAUCAUCGUUCAAUAUCGUCAUCAUCUCCUACCCAAUUAGAUAGAGUCGUUCAAUCUGUCACAGAUGCUACAAAGAGGCUGUCUCAAGUUCAAUCAAUUAUGAGCGAUCCACAUAAUAAUAACAUUAAUAUCACUUCUACUAAUACAAAAUCUUCAAAAAGAAAAUCCAGAGAUACCAUUGGACCAUGGAAAUUAGGAAAAACUUUAGGAAAAGGUUCUUCUGGUAGAGUUAGAUUAGCCAAAAAUAUCGAAACAGGUCAAUUAGCUGCUAUUAAGAUUGUACCAAAGAAAAAGUAUAUUAGAUCAGAUAAACCAACUGGGAGAACUCAUCAGACUAAUUCAAACACAGUAGAUUCAUUUAAUUCUAUUUCGUCAAAGGCCUCAACAGCUCUUACUUCUACAUAUGGACAAAAUAAACCAGGAAACUACGAAAGUAACAAUGAGAAUAAAGAGAAUCCAGUAAACCCUUAUGGUAUUGAACGUGAAAUAGUUAUCAUGAAAUUGAUCUCACAUCCAAAUGUUAUGGGUUUAUAUGAAGUUUGGGAAAAUAAAUCUGAGCUAUUUCUUGUAUUAGAAUAUGUUGAUGGUGGUGAAUUGUUUGACUACUUGGUCUCGAAGGGUAAACUAUCAGAAAGUGAAGCUGUCCAUUAUUUUAAACAAAUUAUUGAAGGUGUGUCUUAUUGUCAUUCAUUUAAUAUUUGUCAUCGUGAUUUAAAACCGGAAAAUUUAUUAUUGGAUAAGAAAGCCAAAUCUAUAAAGAUUGCCGAUUUUGGUAUGGCUGCCUUAGAGUUGCCAAACAAAUUAUUAGAGACGUCAUGUGGCUCCCCUCAUUACGCAUCUCCUGAAAUUGUGAUGGGUAAAUCUUAUCAUGGUGCCCCAUCAGAUGUUUGGUCCUGUGGUAUUAUUCUCUUUGCAUUGCUUACUGGACAUUUACCAUUUAAUGAUAACAAUAUUAAAAAACUCUUGUUGAAAGUACAAUCUGGUAGAUACCAAAUGCCUCAUAAUAUUUCUUUAGAAGCAAAGGAUUUAAUCUCUAGAAUAUUAGUAGUUGACCCAAGCAAGAGAAUACAUACUUCAGAUAUAUUAACGCAUCCAUUAAUUACGAAAUAUGAAAGGACACCGUUUAACAUUCCUGUUAAAAACAACAAAGACUAUAAUAAUGGAAAAUCGAAUUCGAAUUUACACGUCUUAGAUGCUGCUGGUCCAGCGAUGACAGAAAUACAAUCUAUACAUGACAUCGAUGAGUCGAUCUUGAGAAAUUUGCAGAUUUUAUGGCAUGGGACAUCUCGUGAAUUGUUAGUUGCCAAGCUACUUCAAAAACCUACUUCUGAAGAAAAAAUGUUUUAUUCUUUACUUCUCCAAUAUAAACAGAAAAAUUCAAUUCCUCUUGUGAAAACCAUCUCUACAAAGAAUUCAAACACAUUAAACAAUUAUACUGAUUCUACUCCAACAGUUUCUAAAGAGAAUUCCUCAAUCAGUAAUAACAUGUUAAGCGACUCAACAAAUGGCAACGAUACUUCACAAGAUCCUCAAACUCCAACUUUGUUACAAAAAUCACAAUUUAGUAUUCCAGCUUUGAAAUCAGAAAACUUCAAUAAGCAGAUUCCAACUAUGGCACCCACUUUACCUAUCUUCCCUGUCUCCUCAUCGAGAACAUUUAGAAAGAGUGGUUCUACUUUAACAAUGCGUUCCAAUGUGUCAAUGUCCACAUCUAAAUCUGGAGUCUCAUUACGUAAAUCUAUGUCCAGAGGGACACUAGCACAUUCUAAUUCAAAUAUAUCGAUUCAAAAUAAGGCUAAAAAUACCAACGUACAGGUUCCUACAGGUAAGGUUAGGAGAACAUUACAUAACUCAGAGUCAAAAAGAUCAUUAUAUUCUUUGCAAUCAAUCUCUAAACGUUCCGUGAAUCUAAACGAUUAUCUACUAAAUGAUGAGACAAACAAUUAUAAUUUACCUCCAUUACCAAGUCUUACCUCAAACAAUGAUUUUGAGGUACUAUGUAAUCAAAUUCUGUUUGGUAAUGCGUUAGAUAAUAUUCUAGAAGAGGAAACUACUGAUAUAACCGAUGAACGAACACAUUUAUCCAAGUACUCCAACAAUAGUGACGACACAUUGAAAAAACCAGAAGAAGUAAUGGAAAUGGAUGGACAAAAAGACUUUAUAGCUGCAUUCACUCUUCCUGAUACUACUAAACAACAAGGACAAUAUUCUGAAAGCCUAUUAGAUACUCAUAACAAUUCUGAGUUUUCAAAUAGUGUUGAAGUUUCUCAGAGGUCACCUUUAAAGAAUAUUACAAAUUCAUUCGAAACUACUGAGAAUGAAUUUAGUUUUACGAAGCAAAAAUUGCCAUCAUAUUCAAUUCCUCGUCAAGAACUACCACCUAUUCCACAGUCUUUCUCUCCAUCCAAAAAUUUAUUAACUAAUAAAUUUAAAGAUCAAAGUGGGCAUCAGAAGAUUGAAAAGAACAGAUUAUUAUCUGACCCUCAACCCCAACAAAUAAGAAAAUCUUCCCUUGAUCCCCGUCGUAACCUUUCCCAACCGCAGGAUACUUUAAUUUCAAAAAUGUUAAGGGGUUUACCAAAGAAGAAUGCUUCAAAGUCCACGGAAUGGAAUUAUAAGAGAGGGUCUCUAUUUGCAACUGUGAAUAACGGUCUAGACGGUUUACUAAAGGAAAAAGGUACGCCUAAAGUUUCAAUUCCUAACCAAACAAAAGAGAUUGAGAAUAGUGUAAAACAUAACACAGGAUAUGAAAGUUAUGAUAGUGAAAUUUUAGCCCAUUCUAGUACUAUUAAAAAUUUCCCAAUUGAUACUCCAUCAUCAAGACUGAACCAAACCAACACCUUUAAGGAUUUGUCGCAAUUUCUAAAUUUUGAUAGAAGCUCUAUAAAUUUUGAUGUCAGAGAUAAUAUUGAUCAGGACAAUGCACAAGUAACUACUACUCAACAUAGCCAGAAAAUAUCCUUAGCUCCCCAAAGGCCAAUGACAAAUAUAUCGUUAUCUCCAAAUUUCGAUCUUACCGCCGGAUUACAUGACUUAUCGAACGACAAUACACAGAAUACAUCUGCGGAACUAAAUUCGGAUGUUGCUGAAAUUUCUGAUAUGACAUUUGCGUUAGAAAUUCCAACCAGUACAUUUACAGCGCAAGCUGUUACGAUAUCUAAUGGCGGAGUUUACCAUAGAAAUUUUAAUGAUCUACCAAAUAAGUCAAAUUCUGAACAGAAAGUACUUGAUCAAGAAACACUGAACCAAAAUAAUGGACUAAGUAACUCUAUUAGUGAAAGGAACAAUACCAGCAUGUCAUUCACAGACAAAAAUGUUAACAUAUUUGAAGAUGCAUUAACUGAUUCAACGUCCUAUAUAACGGCAUCAAGUGAUGACCAAAGUGCAAUUGUUCACAAGAAGGCAGUUUCAAUUGGAACCUCGAACACUAACAAUAUUGUUACCCGCAGCCCAGAUGUAAGAGUCAGUCUAUAUGUAAACAAUAAUGGAGAUUUUUCUGGUAAGCCAAUUAAACGUGAGACAACCGAGGAGCUAAUAUCCAGAUUUAAACUCUCUCCAGAUGUUUCGAAUGGCCAUCUGAUCCAAAAAAGAUAUUCAUCACCACCAUCCAAGAGACAAUCUGAUGUCCUUCAUAUUUCUCAUAGUAUAAUGUCUAUGUUUAAGGAUCUUGAGGAAGACCAAAAUGAUGAUCCAUCUCAAGCUGAUCUUUUGAAUGAUGGGACUGACGAGAUUUCAGUCGCGCAAGAUCCCAGCAGUAAGCAUAAUAGGGUAACCAUGAUUUUUGAUGACGAUAACAAGACCAAAACUGAAGGCAUAUCUGAAGAGGCUCCAUCUGAACAUACCACUGAAAGAAAAACAGAUCUAGACGUAGACCAUAAAGCAGAACCAAUAACAAAAAAGAAAAUUGUCAAAAAACCAGCAACAACAAGUAAUAAAAAUACAAAAAACGAAACAAUUGCUAAAUCCCCAACUGUUACCAAAAAGGGUAUUACUGACUCCAAAAUAAAACCACAGAAGAAGAGUUGGUUCAACAAACUUUUCCAGGGCUUAAGUAUAAAUUCGUCUCAGAUAUCGCAGGAUCACCAAACAAAAAUGUCUUUUGAAAGCUUGCAUAGUUUAGCGGUUGACUACUUUGGAAGAAAUGGAAUAAAUUACAGUCUGAAAGGAUUCGAUAAGAGAGAACACUAUGAGAAGGUUGAUUACGAUUGUAAGUUUAUCGAAGGUAAUUUUAAGUUCAAGGUUAAAAUUGUUGGAAAUUUCAAGAAAUCAACGUUAAGUAUUUCUAAGAAAAGCAAAGCCAAUGAUACUAAUGCCCAGAUACAAUUUGAAAAACUAAACAAUAAUGUAACCGCCAUUAUUAAGAAACUAGACACUGUUCAAAACUGA